CGAUAAACCCUCAGUUCUCGCACUAUCUAAAAGCUCCGAUAUUAAUGCACACCAAUGCAAGGCAUUCAGAAUAACAGUGACAUAUUAACCAAGAUAUCCAGCUAAACACCUUACUGCUCUAAAACUCGGAAAGACCCAGAAACAGGGCAGAGUCGGAAUAUGGCUAACACCGUGGAGAGAUGAGUGAGGCUACCUUUGUUUGUUGUUUUUUUCUCCCAUGAGGUUGUAGUGCAUUAAAGCACACCUGAUCAGGUGAUCAGCCACCCAAACAAGCAUGGGGAAACUACAGAGCAAGUUCCGCCGGCGCUCGGACUUGUACAGGGCCAAAGAGGGUUCGGAAACUGUACCUGUGCCCCGGGUAGUACAGUAUGAACCCGCCCACACAGAUGCCAUCAACUGUGUGACCAGCCUGACCUCUGACCUGUGUGUGUCAGGAGGGCAUGACCAGGCUGUUGUUGUGUAUGACUGGAGAGCUGGAAAAUUGUGUAAAGCAUUCUUGGGCCAUAACAGAGAAGUUACUAAGUUGUGUUGUUUUUCAGGAAAUACCUGGAUCUUCAGUGCAUCUCGUGAUAAGACAGUACUUAUGUGGGAUCUGGGUCGAGACAAAGAACCUGUCCAGGAUUUCUGUGGCCAUGAGCUUGUAGUUAAUGGAGUAGCAAUCAGUCCAGAUGGGUCAAAGCUGUGCACAGGCUCUCGGGAUAACUCCAUGUGUCUCUGGGACAUUGAGUCAGGAAAGUGUCUGCAGAGAAACACCAUCUCAAGGAACCUGGUGACCCAUGUAUGCUGGGUACCAGGAAGCACAUCCAUUGUCCAAACCUCAGAAGACAAAACUAUUAGGGUGUGGGAUAGUCGAACCUGGCAGGUCACUAACACAUUUCCAGCAAAGCAGUAUAUUCAGACUCACUGUGACAUCAGUCCAAAUUGUUACCACCUGCUGUCAUCCAGCAACGGCUUCGGUGGGCAGGGCUGUGAAGCCACAUUGUGGGACCUCAGGCAGCCCGGCUGUAAGGUGACUGAAUACAGAGGGCACCUGCAGACAACAGCGUGCUGUGUGUUUGUGCCUUCUCGGCCCGGGUGUCCUGCACUCGUGGCUUCAUCAUCAUAUGACAGCUCAGUCAAAAUAUGGGACCAGAACAAUGCAGCAUGUUUGUGCACAUUAACGUUGGACGGUUCGGGGCCUUUGGUGUCUCUGGCUCCGUGUGACUCUAGUAAUCUCUUAUGUGCCAGUUUUAACACUGGACUUCACCAGCUUCAUCUAGAUCAGGGAGCAGCGGUCAGCCUCAGUGAAGUGGCUUGCUUCUGACCUACUGGACCAACUGCAAAACAAAGUGAACAGUUAAUGUAACAACUUUCAGAACUGGAACUCAAGAGAAUUGUAUCGGGAAACGAGAAUGUACACUGGAUGGCCAAAAGUACAGUAUGUGGACACUUCCUAAUUAACAGGUUCGGCUGUUUCAGCUACACCCAUUAUUAACAACAGGUGCGUAAAAUCAAACUUGCAGUUACUUUUACACUUUAUUUUGGCCAUGUAGUGUAAUAUUACUUGAUUAUAUGAACCAAUAAAUGGGUGGAAAUGCUUCAACCAAAUGGUACAAAGGAGAAUGCUUGGAGGUAGCUUCCCACCUAGAUUUACUGGCAAUUACUUAAGUUUCCCAAACAUAGCCAAGUUCAGGUCAAAGAAUAACCUUGAGAUAAGAUUAGGUGCUUUAAAUCUUUUCUUUUUUCUUUUAGAGUUUUGUGUUAUUGUCAGAACAAAUAUAGGCAAUAAAAUUCUGCUCCAUUGUAUUUUUGGAGACCUUUAAUUUGCACUAUGUAAUGGCUAACAGGUCGACAAUAAUUCACUGACAAAAUCAUUAAUGCAGGACUUGACUUCUCUCACUGGCUCUCUCAUUUCCCCACUCUUUCUCUCUCCUACUACAAACACAGUUACAGUGGCCCCAAAAAGUAAAUAAAGACAUGAAAAUCCAAGAACUUAACUAGACUUGACUAUAACUAUGUCCAUGAACAAACCAUGAAGACAAUGUUACACAAUGACAUAGACUGGAACUAGGAAGUAAACUUAAAAAUAAAAGACAUGAACAAAAGCACACAUAAAAACAUGUGACAUAUGGAGUUUGGCCUGGCGAGGAGGACCUGGGAUGUGGAGCAUGGCCUGGCGAGACAGACGUGGGCUGUGGACCAGGUCCUGAUGAGAGAGAUGUGGGCUGUGGAGCAGAGGCUGAUGAGGCAGCGUGGCAUGGUGACGCUUACAAGGCGGAGGCGGAGACCAAGGCAUCAAGGCGGCCGGGGACGCAGUGGUCAAGGCGGCAUAGCAUGACGAGGCAGACAUGGCGACAUGACAAGGCAGAUGUGGUAGCAUAGUAUGACGAGGCAGACGUGGUAGCAUAGUAUGACGAGGCAGACGUAGCAGCAUGGCAUGACGAAGCAGAUGAGGUAGCACGGCAUGACGAGGCAGACGUGGCAGCAUGGCAUGAUGAGGUGGUAGCAUGGCAUGAUGAGGCAGACGUGGAAGCAUAGCAUGAUGAGGCAGACGUGGUAGCAUGGCAUGACGAGGCUGCAUGGCAUGACGAGGCAGACGUGGCAGCCGAGGCUUCUGGCGCUGGCUCUGGGAUGGCCGAGACUUCAGGCGCAAGUUCAUGGACCGUGGCAGGUGUGAGCGCUGGCUCGUGGACCGUGGCAGGCGUGGAGGCCACUGUAGGAGUGCGGAGUUCCUCAUUAGCCACUCCCACAGUGAAAGACGAACCGUUCAGUUGCAGGGCAAAGUCAAUAUAUUGGACCAGAGUCCAGUUAAUUAAACCUCCAGGCAUUCAGGAGUAGAUGGGCUCAUUUAGCCUGCAUGGAAAAAGUCCUUGAGAGCAAUGUCAUUAAAAUUAACCAAAUGACAAAGCCCACAAAACUCCAAAACAUAGUCUUCAGUGGGUCUAUCCCCUUGACGCAACCGCAGGAGGGUUUAUGAUGAUUAGUCAGGUAUUCUGUAAUGUUGAGCAAGACGGGCAGGAGACGAAGACGACGAUGAUGUGAACCCAAGUGCAGUUUAUUAAAUAAAGACAUGAAAAUAUCCAGAACCAUGAACUUAACUAGACUUGACAAUAACUAUGACCAUGAACAAACCAUGAAGACAGUGUUACACAAUGACAUAGAUAGGAACUAGGAAGUAAACUUCAAAAUAAAAGACAUGAUCCAAAAUAUGAACGAAAACACGUGACAGUUAUAGAGAUUAUAAGUAUUACUAAUCAGAUUGAUCAAGUUACAAAAAGUAUACUCAUGGCUAGUAUUAACAGUGAUUGUAUUGACCUUCCAGGUUAGGCUGUGGAUUUUUGCAUGCAUGUCACUUCUGCAGGUUGAUUUUACAAGAAAAAAAAUAGAGCCCAUACUGUUUAAAAUGGAGACAAAAUGUAUUUGGUCACUUUGUGUUUUUCAAACGUUAGUGGAACAUGGUCAUAGUUAAUGUGCUGAACUCCAUCUGUAGUUACUCUGCUUGGACACGACUUGAGACCUAAAGUGAAGAUAGUUCUGAGAAAAGGUCUAGCAUAAAUUGUUUGCAGAUGCUGUUUGCUUUGAUAUUUUGUAUCUAAUCUAUAAUGUGGCUUAAAAUAUUCUUUUGGGGCCUGUGUAAGUACACACACUCAGGGUUUUGUCAUUUGGGUAAACUGAAUAAUUUUUCACUGAUACGCUGUUUGAACUUACACAUAAACACGUUCAAACAUUUGCGUAAAUGGUCUGAUCUUGUAUUUAAUACACUGGAGAGGGUGAUAAUGGGAAAAUGUGGCCAUUUAGUGAAUUUAUUAUAAAGAGAACAAACUUUGUCAAUAUUGUCAAAUUGAAUGAUCAGACAUAUAAGAAUGGGAAGGCAGUGGAAAUCUGUGAUGCAAAGUAGGGAUGGGCAUGAGUACUCGAGUACUCGGGUACUCAGACAUGGCAGCAAUGAUCGAUCAUGAAAACGAUGAUCGAUAGUGAUCACGCAUGAUGUGACUUUUCACUUAAUUCGAAAUCCAGUGACAUUUACCUGACAACUAAACACAAACAUAGAGGGAGCUUAUUUUUAAUUUUGAGAUUGAGUACGUUGUGGAUUUAAGGGGUACAUUGAUUGUCAGAAACGUCUCAUAGCAACCAAAUUGAUACAACACUGCAAUGCUAUCGUUACGAUAAUCAAAAGAGAGUGUAAUUAUCCGUGUUUUGAACACCUGUCUCUGCAAAACGUUUGCUAAACACGUUUUAUUGUCAUUUCAUGUAAGAACUCAUUUCAUGGAUAUUAUGGAUAUUAUUUAGUAAAUGUUUGUCACUGACCGUAAACCUCCCUGCCCUGCGUGAAGUAACACGCACCUGCAUCUCGACGAAAUGGGAGCUGAAGAUUUCUGCACGAGUUUCCAAGUUAGAUGUCCAAUAUAAAGUGUCAUUCCGUUGCACUUUCCCCAGUUGAAAGGUGGAAAUUCAGACUCUCCGAGUUGAAUGGAACACUUUAUGAAUCACAGCAACAACAAAACAGUGCACACACACACACACACACACACACACACACACCAGGCGCGUGUGGCAGUGGACUCAACGUGCUGAAGCAAUGCAUAUACAGCAGGCGAGUGUUUCAAACAACUAGACAGAGCUAGACAGAGUGCAGCUAAAUGGAACACAAUGCAGCAUCUUCAAACUGAACUUCAAUUUAACACGCAUAUUAAAAACGCAAUGGUUAUGGCAUUUCCUGUUAUUUGAAAAUAGACGGUUCAGACAGUCACUAAAAAAACUGGUGCGUGCUUACUAAGAUUACUAUGGUAACCUGAAGGAAGAACAGACAGAUGUGCGUUGGGCACAUUCCUUCAGAGUUGGACAGCGAAUCUUCACAUAAUGAUAAAAUAUGAUGCAUUAUAUUUUUAAACUUUUGCACAUUUUGUAACAUAUUAUUUUAUAACAGCCUAUAAUAAUGAAUAGACGAUACACUGGAACAACAAGGCACAGUGCAGCAGCCAUAGAUGUUUGUCAGACAUGUUAUUAUAUAUACAGUUAUGAACAUGUAAUCGCCCCUCGAGUAAUCGACAAGUACUCGAGUAAUUAGUCUGAGUACUCGAGUAGACAAAAUGACCAAAAUGCCCAUCCCUAAUGCAAAGUGGUUUUCUUAUAACACUUUUUUAAAUCAGAGAAUAUUGUUUUUCCAAUACACACACAUUUUGUAUAUAAAUAUGCAUUUAAUUACGAGCGAAUGUCAGUGUUUUGAUGAUUUUUUAUUUUUAUUUUUAUCAAAGACAUACAAACACAAACACCAAAGCGCAUAUUUGGAAUAAUAAACAGUGGCCCCAAAAAGUAUUUGGACACUUAAGUCACACUUAAAAUGUUUGAAUAUCAUUGCAUUAGAUGACAAACCCACUUUUUUAGUUGCUUUCACAGGUGCAGUUAAGCACAUUAACUAUGGACAAGUUCCACUAACGUUUGACAGCCAGAAAGUGUCCAAAUAUCUUUUAUAUACCUUUCAUUUUGAACAUUGCAUUAUCAUGCAAUCUGUCUUUAAAAUAAGAGCCACUUGAUUUAAAAAAAAAAUAAAAAAUUGUAUUACGCAGUGACAUUUUAAAGUGUGACCUAAGUAUCAAAAUAACUUUUGGGGUCACUGUACAACAUUGUAGAAGAAUAUUGAUGAACUGACAGCAGAAAAGACAGUCAUGCGCCAUACAGUAUGUUUCACUGAGACACAAUAAAGGUUACACUGAUGCAAGUGUUUAUUUGACUAGUAUGUAAAUGCUGAAGUGUCGAGUUAUCAAUUUGAAGGAAAUGUUUUUAUGUAUUUGCACAUUAUAUGAUACAUUAU